AUGGUUUUGCUGCUGGAAGAGAGAGGAGUAGGAGUAGGAGUAGGUAUAGAUUAUGAGGGUUUCAAAACAUACCUCUCACAGCUUGCCACCACCUUAUUUGGAGGACCGGCAACAAUUGAGGAAAAUGAGUUUUUGGUACAAAAGUUUCUUGCUACACCCAAUGCCGAUACGAUUUUUUGCGCAAAGAAGAGAGAUGAUGAGGGUAUUGUUAUAUGUGAGGACCCCAAAGUUGUGAAGGCAUUGCUGUCCAAUGUUGAUCAUGUGUUGAUGAUCAUCAAACCUGCCCAGAUUAGUGCCGAUAUCCCGUUUUUGACCCAGUUGAACAUCAUUAAUUUGCCUCUUCAUAUCAAUAGUGAAACCUUGAGAGUAGCGAUUAAUUUUGGAUUAUUGCCAUACUAUGAUAUUGUUUCAGACGAAAGCUCGAGCAAUUUGACGACAAGGAAGAAAUUUAAUGAGUUGAGCUCAUGCUUGCAACAGGCCAACGCCGAGAUUACUGUUUCAGAUUUGUUACUCACAACGCCAUCUAAAAUUAAAGAUAUCCUUGCUCAAAAAACUUCUAUUGACCAAGUGUUGGAAGACACUUCUUUUUUAAAUGAACUCACAAAUACUACAAACAAUUGGGUCAAGCAAAUACAAGCAGUCACCCAUCUUUCACACGAUCCAACGGACGGCGAGUCGAUGGCUGACGAAGUACGGUUUUGGGGCCAAAUGGAAUCGGCACUACUGCUACUUAAUAAGCAGAUUACAUCCUCGGAAAUACAAACCAGUAUGGAGGUACUCAGCCGAGCGAGGAGAUUUCACGUAACACUAAGCUUCGAAAACGAUACUGGUAUUAAUGAAAUGACAAAGAAAACUCAACAACUCAAUGCAUUUUUACGUGACUUACCAAUUAACGAGAUGCUAGGCAUUAACAAUGACCCUGGAUUUGAAAAUUUUCAGCGCCUGGUUAGCCAUUUGUUUUCACACUUGAAACAAAAAUUGGGAUUGUUACCCUUGGACAGAGCCAGAAGAACAGUAGAGGUUUUAUUGAAGGAGGUUGUAUACAAGUUGCAAGAAUUGAUGUCCAAAGAGAACUUAAUGUCUCUUCCAUUUCAAGAAUUAUUACAUUGCAUAGAUAAAUCCCACGAGAUUCUCAAUAAUAUAGAGGCUAACCUAAAAUUCAUGUCCAAUAUACUUCGUGAAUUAUCGCGAAAAACAAAGGACAAGCAUAAAACUACUACUACGACUAUAAAUCAAAGUAAUUUGGACUCACUUCGUAACAAACUAGCUAGUUUAACAAAGUUUCGAAAAAACCAUCAGGAUCUACUAAAAAAUAUUGAAAUCACAUUCUCAGGGGAGGAGGCAUCGGAUAAUGCUGCCAAGCUUAUUGAGGCCUAUAAUACAAAUGUGCUAUCUGCAAACCCAAUAAGCCCAUCUCAUGAGGAUACUAUGAUAUGGACAGUAUGCGAACGAGCAUAUAUGACUAUUUUCAAUACUAUUUAUGCAAACUGGACGUCAAAGGUUAAUGAGUAUUUAAACAAAGCCGAAUAUUUUACAGAUUAUUUACAAGUAUUCCGACGAUUUAGUAGUUAUGACGAGUCCUUGAGUGCUCUAUCUAUACCAAUUAAUGAUACUCAAAAAAUGGCUAUCCUUGAAAGGGCAAUGAGUGAAUUGCAAAUAAUUAAAGAAGAGGCAAAUCACUCAAGAGUAGAAAAAUACAACAAUGGAAUGCUGGCAAUAUUUUUAUGUUUAAGCUUGAGUUCUAAAGUAGAGUUUUAUCGGAAAGGUUUAGAAAUGGUUCUAGGAACAGAAUGGAAAAACUAUUCUAUAGGAUUAAAGAUAGAUGCCAUGAGUAAAAACAUGUUGUCUACGUUGAAUCCGAAUGUAGCCUUUCACAGAUGGGUUGCCGAGGAGUUGGCUACAACAAGCUACAAGAUCCAAAAUAUGGGUACUGUGAUCGACAUUACUAAAGAAGAAGGGGGAGAUAUGAUUCUCAGCUUAAAUGUGAAUAUAGCAAAACUUGAAACAUUUCAAUACCUCAGUUCCUUGAAAUCUCUAGGAUUCACAGCGCCGUCUAGUAUUGUGCUCGAGUCAUCCAAAUUAAAUCAACUAUUACCGAUAGCAGCUGCAAUAGAUGAUCAAAUCCAAGAAAUAAACACUUUGUUCAGGAGCACAUUCAGUGGUCCUAAAGGCGAAAUUAAGCUACUUUUUUCGAAAGCACAUCUUAAAAAACUCAUAGCUCUCAUCAAUAAAGCCACAAAGGUCAAAUGGAUUCAAUUAUCUCAAGCUGCUAGCUUAUUAAAACUGAGUGAACAAUUGUUAAUUAACAGUGAAAGUCUUGUGGAAAUCAAAUCAUUUAAAAACUUUGGUGAAAUCCAAAUACUUCUAGAUCACCUUUAUUUGCAAAAUUGUAAAAUAGACAAUUUUAUGAAUCUUUUAGAUCACUGUCUCCAUGAAUUGAAAACUGCAUAUUUCAAGAAUCAUGAUUUGGAAAUAAUUUUGGGCAAGAUUCAACAAAAACUCCAAGAGACGACGUUUGAAGAGGAAGAGUUAACAGAGAAAUUGGUCAAAGUGUCCAAUGAAAAAAUUGCUAUGAUACUUAGGAAUCGGUUGAAUGAUCAAUUGCUACUUUUUCUCUCCUCAGUUUCACCUGGAGAGAGUAUAAUUGUUAGUGAGUUUGACAAAUAUGUCAAGAACUUCCCACCAUUUGAACAUCAUUUAAGUAUUCAAGAAGGUACAUUAGUCAUAACACCAACAUUAGUCGAAGGAAAAUGCUUUGUUUUCAAUAUUGUAAAAGAAAUGAUUGAGAUUGUACUGGUGCUCAAGAUGAUGAGCAUUAAUUCACACUCACUGAGUAAUUACGACGUGGUGCUGAUGUUAGAUUACCCACCGCACGCUAAUGAGAUGCUUAAUGUUGUGUUUUCCAAAAUUGAAAUGUUGUAUCAAGAAGGAAAUGCAUAUCUUGACCAAUGGAAAAUUUUAGAAAGGUUGUGUGAGAUCAAUUUUCAAGACACUAUGGAUAUAAAAGCAUUGUUGAAUCCACACGAAAGCGUUUUUGAAUGGUUUCGGACUGUGAAGGAUGUCUUUUUAUAUGGUUCACUUUUCGAUGAAGAAGAUUCGUGUAAGAAAUUUGGUCAACUAUUUACAAUUACGUUCAAACCAAUCUUGAACAAGUUUGCUACAUCAUUCGAGUUACUUAAAAAGACUUUACUUCAAUAUUUCACAAGCAGGCUACAGGAGCAAAUAAGCUUAACAAAUACAGAAUUGAUGAAGCUGAAAACGACCUUGCAAUCUCCGUUGCGAUUUGAUGCUGCUACACCAAAAAUCAUGGCAAAUGUGGAAGAAGUUUUUGUUCUGCGAAGCAAGCUUACUGAGUGGGUGGCUCUACUUUCUGAAUACAAGUCGAUUGAGACGUUUUUGAAGAAACAGAGAUUUUUCAAAUUUUCAAGCGAUUGGCUUUACACGGAGAAUUUGGAGAACUAUUUAUCAAUGGUUACAACACUUCUUGAUAAGAAAGAUUUGCUAAUUAAGGAAAAUAAUGAAUUUAUAAGAUCAAAAUUGAAAGUCGAAGCAGAAAAGACUGUUUUGUCGAUCGAAGCUUUGCAAAAGAACUGGGAAGAAAAUAAACCAACUUCAGGUCAUUUGGCACCAGCUACAGCAAUCGAGAGCAUCAACGCAUAUCAAGCACAAUACUCCAGAUUGAAUACUUAUUUAAACACGUUGAGCUAUUUGGCACUGCAACUUCAAUCCUCCAACUCACUUGUGAGUACCAUAAGGAAACCGACUUCAUUUAUGUCAGAUAUUGAAAACUUGAAGCAUGUAUGGUCAUCUGUGAAUGUGCUUUGGGAAGAAUUAGAAGCUAUGAAGUCAAUCACUUGGAGUGCUGUAGACACACGCCACUUGGGGAAGAGACUUGGCGACCUCGUAAAAUCAGCGAGAGAACUACCAGCAAAUAUUAGACAAUAUGCAGCCGUUAACGAGAUUCAACUUCAAGCCAAGUCCUGUUUAAAAUCCCAGGCCAAAGUAGCAGAAUUGAGUUCCGAUGCAAUGAAACCGCGCCAUUGGAGAAAAUUACUUGCACAAUUAGGCUCUUCAAAGUUGUUUGCUGACUUGCGCGUGGGAGAUGUUUGGGAUUUAAACUUGAAUUUGCAUUCGGCGAUUGUUGAUAAAAUUCUUGAACAAGCACGGGACGAAAGGACAAUUGAAGAGUGCUUGAAAGAUAUUCAAGAGACUUGGAGACAAACUGCAUUGGAACUUUUCAAUUUCGAAAACAAGUGUCGUUUGGUAAAAAAUUGGGAAAGUCUACUUGAUAAGUGCGAAGUGGAUCUUAAUACAAUUGGUGCAAUUAGAAAGUCUCCAUACUAUUCUUCGUUUGAAAAAGAGACAUGGGAGCUUGAGAACAAAUUGAGUUCGUUAUACUCGAUAUUAAAUGUUUGGAUCGACGUUCAACGUGAGUGGGUUGAAUUGGAAGGAGUUUUUGGAAAUGAAAACAGCGACAUAAAAAUCAUUCUACCCACAGAGCAUUCGAGGUUCAGUAACUUGACAUUUGAAUUAUUGUCAUUGUUGAAGCGAAUUUACAGGUAUGACCAGGUUAUUGACAUAAUUUUGAUACAGGAUAUCCAUUCAACACUUACGAAACAUUUAGAAACUUUAACGAAAAUCCUGAAAUCUUUGGCUGACUAUUUAGAAAGACAAAGGGAUUUGUUUCCCAGAUUUUUCUUUCUCGGCAAUGAUGAUUUAUUGGAGAUGAUUGGAGCUUCUAAAGAGUUUUCAGGCGUUAACAAACAUUUAAAAAAAAUGUUUGCUGGUGUUGAAAAAGUCGAGAUUGACCUGGCAAGUAACUCGCUCAUAAAUGUACAGAGUAGCGAAGGUGAGGUAUUGAACCUCAUCAAUCCCAUUCCAUUAAAUAAGUAUCCGUUGCUACAUGAAUGGUUAACAAAAUUGGAAAUGGAUAUACAAUUGACAUUAGCUCACCAUGUGGAUUCAAAUAUUACCAGUUGGAAACCACUCAUCACAGACAAUGAUCCAACGCAAGUGCUCGACGUGAUAGUACGUCUUCCAGGCCAAGUUCUCAACAUUUUGACACAAGUCACUUUUACUAGCUUGUAUGAGGAUGCACUAGAGUCCGCCAACGAGAUCGAUGUUGUUAAUAAUAUCCGUCAAUUGUGCGAAUCAAUGAUUAAAACUCUUGUAGAGUUAUUGCGUGUUAGCAAUUCAGUAUUGGAACAAAAAAAGAUUCGAAACUUGAUUAUUGAGAUUUUGCAUCAAAGAAACAUUGCAGAUACAAUUCAGUCAGCACCUUCUAGCUUGGAGAGGCGCCAAAAAUGGUACUUGCAGCAAAGAUUUUAUCAUGACCCACUGGAACUUAGCUCCUUACGUCGUUUAUUGGUGAAACAAGUGAACAGCGAGCACUACUACGGGUACGAAUACUUGGGAAAUCCUGAUAAACUAGCUUACACUCCCUUGAUUGAUGAUUGUUUUAUAGUUAUGACGCAAGCAUUGUCAAACAAGCAAGGAGGGUCCCCAUUUGGACCUGCUGGUACUGGUAAAACAGAGUCUAUCAAGGCUUUAGGGCAAAAUUUAGGAAAAAUGGUUAUUGUUUUUUGUUGUGAUGAAAGAUUUGAUUUUCGGUCUAUUAGCCGCUUACUCCUUGGUUUGUGUCGAAUUGGAGCAUGGGGAUGUUUUGAUGAGUUCAACCGUUUGGAGGACUAUACAUUGAGUGCGGUUUCUUCUUUAAUCGGAACCAUUGAAGAAGGAUUGAAGAAUAGAAAUAAGUUGAUACAUUUGUCAGAUAGGGAAACAUCAUUGAACUUUGAGACUGGUUUAUUCAUCACAAUGAAUCCAGGGUACACUGCCAGAACCGAGUUACCUGAGAACUUGAAAAAGCUAUUCAGAAGUUUUGCUAUGACAAAACCAGAUAUUGAGAAUAUUAUAGAGGUUUUACUUACAUCUCGGACUUUCAAACACUCUAAGGAGUUGUCCAAGAUUAUAAAAAAUGUGUUUGAAGCACUAGAAAAGAAAACAUCAAAUCAAAAGCAUUAUGAUUUUGGCUUGAGGGCUAUAAAAAGUGUGAUCAAUAGAUGUGGUCAAGUCAUUCACGACACACGCCUCCAUGAAAAGCAUGAUGAUGGAGGGAAUGAAUUUCAAAUUAUCUUGCAGUGUAUGGACGAUUUAGUCUCCCCUAGGCUAACAACUCUGGAUAGAAGGGCAUACGAGCAGGUAAAAAUAGAGCAUUUUCCUAAUAUUGGUUCUAGCCAAGGAGAUGAAGUAGAAUUGAAGAACGUAUUGAAAAUGUAUUGUGAAGAUAAUGGAUUUGCAAGAGGAUCUGAAUUAUUUGAUAAGGCAAUGCAAUUAGCAAAAGUUCAGAGUGCCCACCACGGUAUUAUGUUGGUAGGCGAAUCUGGAACAGGUAAAACAACAGUGCUUGAAAUGGUUUUAAGUGCUUUGAAACAAGUUGAAAAUGUAGAUCACUACUCAGUUGUUAUUAGCCCCAAGGUUAUGUCGAAGGACCAAUUAUACGGUAAAUAUGACAAACUCACAAAACUAUGGACUGAUGGUCUUUUUACCAGUAUAUUGAGAAAGAUUGAUGAAAACUCGCGAGGUGAGUUGCAGAAACGAAUAUGGAUUGUGUUUGAGGGGGAAAUUGACCCCGUUUGGGCUGAGAAUCUAAACAGUGUAUUAGAUGACAAUCGGAUUUUGACUUUGCCUACUGGGGAACGUCUAGUUUUGCCUUCUAAUGUGAGAAUUGUUUUUGAGACUACUAAUUUGAAUAAUGCAACCCUUGCGACUAUAAGUAGGUGUGGUAUGGUGUGGUUUGAUGAACAAUUGGUAAAACCUCAUUCGCUUUAUUUCAAGCUCAUUCACGAUAUCAAAGUCUACAUCAAUACAACGAAUAAUAAUGACAAUAUGGAGCAUUAUUAUGAUCGUCAUCAUCGUCAUAUGCCUCCAACAAGUUAUGGUAACAUUGAGCAUCAGAUUCAGGAUAUAAUAACCCUACCACUAUUGGAAGACUCGCACCAAAUGUCACAAAAAGCAAGCCACAUUAUGAAAUAUUCGUUUCAAAGAUCUAUUGAGUCGUUUAAAGCCUUUUUCAAAACUCACCUCAAAAAACUUUUCAACUUAUCAGAAACAACCCUAUCUUUAGUUGACGUGAGGAGUUACAUUGGAAAAGCAGUGGCUAGUUCAUUGAUAUGGGCAUUUACUGGAGAUAGUCCCACCAAAGAUAGGUUAAUGUUUGAAAAGUUUUUAAGGGAACGUAACGCGCUUUUGUUUGUAGAUUUUCCAAAGGCUAGUAUAUUGGACUUUGAAAUUGGGCUUCCAGAGGGUGACUGGAUAAGCCUAGAAUCCAAGGUUGGAGAUGUAGUAGACUUGGAGACGCACCAAAUUUCCGACCCAAACCUUAUCAUUCCAACAGUAGAUACAAUAAAACAUGAGUAUCUCAUGUAUUCAAUACUAGACGCCCACAAACCUUUGUUGUUGUGUGGCCCGCCUGGUUCGGGAAAAACAAUGACGCUUUUGAAGGCUCUAGGUAGCACACCAGAUUUGGAUCUCCUUUGUCUCAAUUUUUCAAAAGAAAGUACGGUGCCAUCCAUAAUUACAUCGUUGGAAAACUUUUGUGUUUACAAAAGAAUAAAUGGGAAAAUGCUGCUUUGUCCUAGAGUCAAUGGGAAAUGGGUAGUUGUAUUUUGUGAUGAGGUGAAUCUUCCCAAAACAGAUAGGUUUGGAACUCAAACAGUGAUAGCAUUACUCAAACAAUUAAUCGAAUACAAUGGCUUUUGGCAAACAAAAGAUAUGCAAUGGGUCUCACUACAAAACAUUCAGUUUGUUGCAGCUUGUAAUCCACCUACCGAUUCAGGUAGAUACGAAUUGAGCAAUAACUUCUUGCGAAGAGUAUGCUUGAUUAUGGUUGAUUAUCCUGAGCAAAACUCCUUGGUUCGAAUUUAUCAAACAUUCAAUGAUGCAGUGUUGAAACUAUGUCCUAACUUGAAAGCUUACUCGGUUGAUAUCACACGAGCAUCCGUGGAUGUGUAUGAGCAAUCGAAAAAGAAAUUCACCCCAUUAUCUCAGUCUCAUUAUGUUUACUCUCCUCGUGAAUUAACAAGAUGGAGUCGAGGGUUACUAGAGGCGCUUAAACAAUGCGCUUACAAUGAUUUACCUGACCUAUUGCGUCUAUGGUUUCAUGAAGGAUUGAGGUUGUUUUUUGACAGGUUGUGUUGUGAAGAAGAGAGAACUUGGACUAUACAAUUGUUUCAUAAUGUCGCCAAAAAUUGCUUUCCAAACGUCGAUUUCCAUACUUGUUUCCGUUUGCCUGUACUUUACAGUGACUGGAUGUCUUUAGGAUACCAAUCUGUUAAUGAAAAAGAAUUAAAGAUGUUUGUUCACGAGAGACUAAGGGUUUACAUGGAGGAGGAUACCGGUGCCAAACUAGUCUUACACUCGGAGAUGUUGGACCAUAUUUUAAGAAUAGACAGAGUACUCAAACAACCACAAGGUCACAUGAUUUUGAUUGGCCCUAGUACUAGUGGGAAAACGACACUUUCUAAGUUUGUGGCUUGGAUUAAUGGGUUGAAAACUGAACAAUUGAUGGUUAGGCGUAAUUACACUUUGGAUGAUUUUGAUGAAUUUUUGAGGAAUUUAUUAUUGCGCUGUUUAGAGGGUGAGAAAAUAUGUCUUUUGAUUGAUGAGUCAAGCAUUAUCGAAGCAAGUUUUAUUGAACGAAUGAAUACUUUAUUAGCAAACGCGGAAGUGCCAGGCUUAUUUGAAGGAGACAACCAUGUGAGCCUCAUGGACAAGUGCCUCGAAAAGUCGCAAUUGCAAGGAUUGUUACUCGAUACAGACGUUGAAUUGUACAGAUGGUUUACGGAGCAGUUAUCUCGUAAUUUGCACGUUAUAUUCACAAUGAACGACUCCACGCGGGGCGUAAGUCAGAAAGUGAUAUCGUCGCCAGCGUUGUUCAAUCGUUGUGUUUUGAAUUGGAUGGGUGAUUGGACAAAUGAUUGUUUACAUCAAAUUGCCAUGACAGAAUUGAACUCGAUUCCAAUUGUUAAUCAAGGUUAUAAAGAUACAAGUAAGGAAUAUAGAGAUGCAGGUGUAGGAUUGGCAUCUACAAUAGCUAGAACUAUGGUACGCAUUCAUAAAGGCGUAGCUCUUGACGAGCAUGUUGUUGGACUUCGACAGGUUUUCCCAGCACAGUUUUUAACAUUUUUGCGUACUUUUUCCCAGUUGUGUUUUCAAAAGCAAGUAGAAGUAGAUGAACGGCAAAGGCACCUUAUUCUUGGAUACGACAAGUUGAAAGAAACCGUUAUUCAGGUAGAUAGGAUGAAGUCGGACCUCAAAAACAAAGAGAUACUUUUACGGAAUAAGAAUCAAGAGGCCAGGGCUACACUAAACAAAAUGCUAGUAGAUCAAAACGAGGCAGAGCGAAAACAAGAAUUUUCAGUGGAAAUGCAGGUUGAACUUGAAAAACAAGAAAGGGAGAUUAAUCAGAGAAAAGAGAAGGUGUUGAGGGAUCUACAAUACGCCGAACCUGCUGUUAUAGAAGCCCAACGAGGCGUUCAGAAUAUCAAGAAACAACAUCUUACAGAAAUAAGAAGUAUGUCGAAUCCUCCAAAAGCUGUCAAGGUUACAAUGGAGUCUGUAUGUAUAUUGUUAGGUUACCAAGUUUCCGGCUGGAAGGAUGUACAAUUGGCAGUUAGAAGUGAUGAUUUUAUCUCCAAUAUAGUCACCUUCGACUGUGAGGUUCAAUUGUCUUCUGAACUUCGGGAAUAUAUGGAAGCAGUGUAUUUGGCGAGAGAUGAUUUCACCUACGAGAUUGUUCAUAGGGCCAGUAAAGCAUGUGGACCACUACUUGAGUGGGUGCGCGCUCAGUUGGAAUACUCCAAAAUCUUGAAGCAAGUCGGUCCUUUACGUGACGAAGUUCGGCUUUUGGAGCAGAAAUCUCUUAAAACUAAAGCUCAAUUAAUUGCCAUUGACCAAAUGAUAAAGGAAUUAGAAGAAAAGAUUGAGGAUUACAAAAUUGAAUACAGUGAAUUGAUCAGAGAAACUGAAAAAAUAAAGAUGGAAUCAGUAGAAGUAGAGCGACGGGUCAAUAGGAGUACUCUGUUAAUCCAGAGUCUUGCGAACGAGAAAGCUCGUUGGAAGGCUUCGAUAGAAUGCUUCGAUAAACAAAAUGAUGAAGUAGUUGGAAGUGCAUUAUACGCUGCUGCAUUUGUAACAUAUGCUGGUUCAUUUGAUGAGAAAGGUCGGUCAAAAAUACAAAGCUUUUGGAAAGAGCAGAUUAAGCAAUCGGCAAUUUCAUUUGAUGAAAACUUUGCUAUCUCACACUAUCUAAUGGAACCAAUGGAAAUAAAGAAUUAUGUAUCAAACGGCUUGAUAGAUGAUGAUUUAAGUAAGAACAAUGUUGCAUUGAUGCAAUGGGCUAAAAUCCCAAUUUUAAUAGAUCCCACCGGCACAAUGGCAGAUAUUAUCGCAAAAACAUGUUCUGAGAAAAUGAUAACCGUGACAAGUUUCUUGAGUGAGGGUUUUAUCGAUAGCUUGGAGAAUUCUAUGCGUUUUGGAGGCUUGUUCAUAAUUGAAGACUGCGAAAAUUACGACCCCAUCAUUGAUGAUGUUUUGAGAAGUGAGGUUCAAAAGACUGGUGGAAGGUUAACUGUUCGAUUAGGUGACCAUUUUACAGAUUUUAACUCAAAGUUCAAGCUAAUCAUGUGCACAAAGCAAGCUCAAUUAAACUUGCUGGAUUUUGUACUUUCCCGAACGAGCGUGGUCAAUUUUUCAAUCACAGUGAGUAGUUUGGAAAAUAUAGCACUCGAUCUAGCAUUGCAAGAGUCGAAUCCAAAGUUGCAAAAGCAAAGAUCGGAUUUAAUUUUGGCAAAUGGAGAAAACAGGUUGCGUUUGCAAGAGUUGGAAAAGAAACUUUUGGAAUGUUUGUCCCUGACAUCGCAAGGUAUUUUAGAAAACGAUGACCUUCUCAAGUCACUUGAAAUGUUGAACGUUGAAUCACAAGAAUUAAACAGAAAGCUUAGUAGUGCGGAUGAGAUCAUAUCGAAAGUCGAAAAAACCAGAGAACAGUUUGCCGAAUCAGCUAAACAAUGUACCGCAAUUUUUGCAAAGGCAAUGCAACUCAAAAAGGUGUCCAAGUUUUAUGGUCUUUCUGUUUCUCUAUUUUCAUCAGUUUUUUCCAAAGUUAUAAAGGGGGUUUCUUCAGAUGCUAUUAUUGGAAUCUUGUCUAAAUUUUGUCAAGAAUUGUAUGAUGUAUUUUCAGUAUCAUUGCGAUAUGAGGACAAGAUUGUAUUUGGUGCACUCAUCAUGAUAACAGCACAUUCGGAGAGAUUUGGAGCUUUGUACAACAGUGCAAUCAAAAGCCUUCUUUCAUGUGUAUAUCACCAGCCAUCGACUUUGAAUAUUGAUAGUAUAAAGUUGCCUUUAUCUUUUGGUCAAGACCAAGAUGAGGAGCUUUCCAAGAUUUUGUUUCCAUUGAUAAACAUUUUACAGAAGAAGAAUCCGGAUUUGUUAGGGUUUUUUGAUAAGCUAACUUCAGAAACGAGAGCCUUUGCUGUGACGUACAGUUCGAGAUACCAUCAGCUUCUGCAUUGGGUCAAGGAAGAGAAGCAUACUACUUCUAGUGUUUUCAUUGUUACAACCUGCGACGACUUUGAUGCUACCUUCAAAUUUACGACUUAUGCCGAAGCUGAAAAUAUAAGCUGUCUGGUAAUUUCAAUGGGAUCUACCGAGAGCUCUGCCUUGGUAAAUAAUGAGUUGACGUCCGCUGGUCAGAGUGCAAAAUGGGUUAUUCUUCAGAACGUUCAAAUGGCUCCUUUGUGGCUCGCCCAGCUUGAUGCUACCAUCGACAAGUUGCAAUUGCAUCCUGACUCAAAAGUAUUCUUAACCUGUAAUACCAGAUCAAGAAUUCUGGAUAACUUGAUAAAUCAUAGCAAGGUUCUCCAUUUUGAAAACGAUAGUUCCUUUCGUGGAGCAUUAUUGGAGACGUUCCUAUCGAUUCCUUCUACAUUUUUACAUAAUGCAAUUCAUUUGCACAUAUUCCUAUUGUUCACCUGGUUUCAUAAGCAGGUUUUGGAGACACUACGGUACACUCCAUUCACUUUUGAAAAAAGUUACGAUAUCAGUGAAGCUGAUUUUAUGUGUGGUAUCUCCCAAAUCCACAAAAUUCUAGCUUCAACUAAGAACGAUGUUGAUCAGAUACCUUGGCUUGUGUUGAGAUUCCUAAUAGGUGAUAUAAUAUAUGGUGGUAAAUUUGACAAUGAAAAGGACAAGCAAAAGAUUCGGAAUCUUGUAAACAGGUUGUUUGAUGCGUCGUCGCUUGAAUCGGACUUUAAUAUCAUACAAAAUGAGCUAACUGAAGCAUCAAAAGAGAUAUUACACUUGCCUGAGGGUAUUUCUUUGGAGGUUUAUACUCAGUGGAUAGAAACCUUGCCUGAAAUAAUUCCACUCUCUUGGCUAGGAUUGAAACCAGAAUUAGGGAAAGCUAGGAACGAUGUAUUGGCCAAUGGCGUGACUACAAAAAUUGCCGAUUUACUAGAAAUUCCUUUAGAAGAUGAUGAUGUUUAA